UAGCGUUGCGACAGAGACGGAGAACUCGAACGACAUGAAACUCGAAAAUAAUAAUACGGCAGAAACAGCAAACGGUCAAACGGAUCACGGCAACAUCAUCACGAUUGAAACGACGCUAGGAGAUGAGGAUGAAGAUGUACACAAGUGUGGGCGCUGUCAGGAGGAGUUCUCACAGCUGGAUGCCUUCAUACAGCACAAGCUGCGCCGAGAAUGCCAGCGCUCCCAAGAACCCAAUAAAAAUGAAACUCAGAGUACGACCAGUGAUGAUGGAGUUGAACAUCCUUCUACCUCCUUAAAAGGAGUGGAAAACAGUGACUUGUCAUCCCUGAAACCAGACAGACCUGAAGAUCCUGAUGAAGCCAUUGCUGUGGCCUCCCAGCAAGCGGCAAGACCAGACGAGGAGUCCGGCAAGCAGGAGGCCCAGACCUCUGAAGUUGCGGAGAACUCCAAGCUCGUGCUGACGGUCAAUGAGGAGGGCCGUUACAUCUGUCAGCUCUGUGACAAAACCUUCAAGACACCCAACAUCCUGCGUACGCAUAUGUCGACCCACAGCGAGAAAAAAGACUUCCGCUGUGAGCUGUGUGACACUGCCUUCAGAACCAAGGGAUCUCUCAUUCGCCACAACCGUCGCCAUACAGAUGAGCGGCCCUACCGCUGCAACCUGUGUGGUCUCUCCUUCAGAGAGUCUGGGGCUCUGACGCGACACCUGAAGUCCAUCACUCCAUGCACAGAGAAGAUUCGCUUCAGCCAGUGCAAGGAGAUACUUGUCGGGAAAGAUGGUGUACGGAAAGAGUCUGUGCCAGAGCAGUCUACUGCAGUCCCUCCGCAGCAGCAGCAAGAGCAGCAGCAGCAGCUGGUGCCAGCAGUCAGCAUGGUGGAGGAGACCCCGGGCCUCAUCCACAUCCAGAUGGUACAAGAGCCAGAGCACACGCAGCAGGACGUUGAGCAGCCCAAGCCUGUGAUCAUUGAAGAGAGCAGCAAUUUGAUAUGCCAGGCGAUCGUCAACUCUGGCAUUGCCCUUGUGGCAGAAACGGAGGGAGAUGGAGACGGAGACGGAGACGGAGACGAUGAUGGAGGUGCAGACGAUGAUGGAGGUCCAGAUUCAGAUGGAGAUGCAGACGUAAACGGAGAUGGAGAUGCAGACGUAGACACAGGUCCCGAGAUGGCGGUGAAAUCGGGGCCGGAGCCCGGAGUCACCAUCCUGACCCUGCAGAGCCCUGAGGCAGAGGGCCACCACGUCAACGACAUCCAGCUCUCAGAGGAGUGUGUGAAGAUGGAGGAAGAUUGUGUGCUGAGUUCAGGGGAUGACUCUCCAAAGUCUGGAAAGGGCCACAAAUGUCCGCACUGCAGUCGAUCCUUCAAAGCCCUGAAUUACCUCCGCUUUCAUAUCAAAGGACAUCUGGGCUACAAGCCGUUCAAGUGCAUGGUGUGCCAGAAGGAGGUCCUGACGGGCUACCUGCUGAAGAAGCACAUGGAGGUGCACCUGAGCGAGCGCCGCUACAAGUGCGGCGAGUGCGGCAAGCUCUACAAGACCAUCGGCCACGUGCGCGAGCACAUGCGCGCACACUCCGACGCGCGGCCCUACCACUGUGCUUACUGCGUCAAGGCCUACAAGACCAAGAAUGCCUUGCAAGUGCACCAGAGGACCCAUGGGCAGGAGAAGCCGUACGUGUGUCCACACUGCUCGCGGGGCUUCCGGGAAAAGGGCUCCCUGGUGCGCCAUAUCCGCCACCACACGGGAGAGAAGCCCUUCAAGUGCCCCAAGUGCAACCGCGGCUUCGCUGAACACGGCACGCUCAACCGACACCUGCGCUCCAAAGGUGGCUGUCAUCAGAGGGAGCAGUUUGGUACAGUGCCGUUGAAGGAGCAGGAGGGGGCAGCAGAGAGUGUGGCAGCGAUCAUCACUGAGGACCCCCAUGCUGUGCUGGUGGAGUUCUCCUCUGUGGUGGCCGACACUCAGGAGUACAUUAUCGGGGCGUCAUCAGAGGAGACGGUGCAGACAGAGGAGGUGGCCCUGCUGCAGGACAGCCAGGCCAGUCAGAUGGGCACCCAGAUCAUGAAGGUGGUGCAGCAGAUCGUGUCGCAGUCGCAGCAGCAGGGCGGCGGGGGGCGCCACAUCAUCGUGCGCAACGUGGCGGCCAGCGAGGACUCGGCGGGCACGGCCACGGCCACCAUCUCCGACACGGGCGACACCAUCACCAUCGCCACGCCCGAGAGCCUGACAGAGCAGGUGGCCCUCACGCUGGCCUCCGCCAUCGGGGACGGCACCAUCCUGACUGAGGCCGCACCCGGCUCAGGCAAUGCCGCCCCCACCACCCUCACCAUGCUCACGGGAACUGCUGCGUCUGCGGAGGAGGAGGCCCAGGAGGUGGAGGUCAUGGAGCAGGAGCAGCAGUACGUCAUCGCCACCAUCCCCGAUGAGAUGGAGGUCCAGACUGUGGUGGUCUGAGACGAGUUGGGGGACACACCAUUGUCAUUGGCACCAUCCCUGCGAUGAGACAGAGGCACAGACCGUUGGUGGUCUGACACAGGACGGACUCUCAACAUCAGAUGUUUCAUCAACGUUUACAAGGUGGUUCACAGAGACAUUUUAGACGUUUAGUUAUGACUUGGUGGUUAGAGACACGACUGUCAUUGCCAUCAUCCCCGAUGACAUGCAGGUUCAGAUCGUGAUGGUCUGAGAGAGGCUGGAGUCACUGGACACAAACGCAACUUAUUUCAAGACAUUUUAUACAAAUGUUUACCAGAUUUUUGGUUCAUGGACGUUUAUGAGACGUUAACUCAUGACUCGAGGUCCUCUAUGAUCCCGUAUCUGACCGUGGAGCCAGAUACAGGGUGUGUAUUUAUAGAGAUGGUCAAUGCUGCAGGAGAUAAGGACAAAAAGCGAUGCUACGCACAAACAAGAGACUAAGAAAAUGGCUCAAAAUAAGAACCAGUCAGUGAGGAGUUCACUAUUAUUAUUAUUUUUGCCUUGUGCUGCCUGAAGAACAGUUAGUUUCAUAAGAAGCUUUUUACAGUUUACUUUGUAUCCUAAUAGUUUAUGAUUAAAACACGGGAGUAAUAGAAGCAGCUUCUUCAUAUUUAGCCAUUUUGGUCAUGAAUUCACAGCACUCUCUUGUGUUCCAAUGGUUUACGGUAACUGCCUAUCCAGCUCGUCCUACCUUUGCAUUUGGUGGCCUGCACCAUACUGAUGGAGAAUCCGCAAUGAAGACCCAACCACCUGACGGAACAGUGUUGACUCCAUUCUUUGUAAUAGCUAGGUCAGCUGUGCAUUGUGUGAUUGUGUGCCUGUGCAUCUGUUUACUUCCUAUGAAACUGGGCCAUUGCAACUGUUACAGCGCAUGAAUGCCUCUUGUCCACUGCCGGUUUCCUGGUAGGCCUACAGCACGACUCGGCCGCCACUUUUUGCUUUAUGAUUGAGCUGUCUCGUGCCUAUUCGAAAAGCAAAAAGUGGCGGCCGAGUCACGCUUUGUCGAGCUGUAGGCCUACCUGAAAACCGUCAGUGGAAAAGAGAUUUGUUCAAGAGGACAAUGGCCGGCAUCGAUAGCUACAUGUUAGAUUUUAUCAAACAGUCCUAGAGAGACAUGUUGGGGGGUACAUGCAUUUUAUCGAACAGGUCAGCUUUGUAAAUCUUUAAAACGAAGGGCUUUCUAUGAAUUGUUGGUGAUGGUACGGCAUAUUGUCAGUACCAGUUACGCUUGCUGAUUCAUUACACACAGUAGUGCCCCAUAUAAGGAAUGAGUGAAGACUUGAGAUUUGCCCAAAAAGACGACAAAACUAGCUGCUUAAUUAUUGGCUUCAGUUUGUGUCCAGGAUGCUAAGAAAUGAAUGUGAACGAAUGGUGAUUUCCUGGUGUGUAGCUGAGCAGAGCAGAGCUCACAGUGAUAGUUUCUGUACAGUCUGAAUUGCUGCAGUUAUAUUGUUACACACACACACACACACACACACACACACACACACACGUCAGCAGGCAUGGACGACGAUAAUAUUAGUAAUAUUUACUUGAAGUGGUCCACGCUGCAUUUCUGUUCGCUUUACAACUGUUUGAGUUGCAGAGUUAGGUGUGUUACUGGAAAUUGACAAGCUGAUUCACAUCGGUGCAUGUUUGGGAUAUUUCGUUAAAGCAUUGUGAGUGGCUGGAUUAAUGAACAGGAACAUGUAAUGGUUUUGCGUCAUGUUUUCUAUGAGUGGACUUCCACUUCUUUCAAAGGUCUUAACUUUUUUUUUUUUCCUUCGUAUGCCAUUGCAGUUACAGGGUGGAUUCCAAUAUGCCGACUUCCGUCAUCCUUUGCUCACUUGCCUGCUUGUGACCUCAUGAUGAUGUCACUGACAACAGAAAAUUAUUAGACAUCUUGCAAAGGCACAAUUUUAAUGUCAUUUUCUCAUUUGCAAUUGGGAUGGUGAAUGAAAAACAGUCCCCCAAAAGUUGUUGUGGCUUGGCUGACAGCUGGGAAACUAUUGUUUUCUCCACGGAGGUGGGGCCAGGAGGCGUAGCGAGUCCACAAGCACAAGUGGAGGACGGGAGUGUGCAUAAUAUUGGAAUGUACUCCCAAUGUGCAGCUAAGUCUCUGUUAGAGGCACCAUGCCAAAGCACUCCCAUGGCUUAUACCUUCAACUUGUUCUGUUGACUUUGCAUUGCAUCAGUACCAAAUAUGCCCCCAUCUUCCAUUACAGUUCUUCUGUCAUGUUAUUGCUGGACGCCAUUCGCAUCAUGCUGCUUUCAGCACCUACCAAUACCUUUAAUGAGGAUCUCAAUAAAGUCUCUUUUUUGCUUCCCAAAGUGAAAUGAGUUGUCCUGGUGUCAUUAAUUAGCCUGGUCUUACCAUACCCUAGCUCAGGGGUGUCAAACUCAAGUUGACUGAGGGCCAAAAUCUAAAUCUGUAACGAAGUCGCGGGCCGAACUCAAUAAUUACUUUAAAAAAUAGACCUUGCAUAUGUACAUGCAUGCACUUCAUUCUUCUACACUCUUUCCCAUCAUAUUUGUUCAAAUGUGUGUGCACAUCCUGUGAUACAGCAAAUUUCAUGUUCAAGUUGUGUUACGCCGAAUAAAAUGG